GGUUGCGCUUUACGGCGGCGCGCCCCUCGGUCCCGGCUCAAGAUGGCGGCGGGGCCGCGGCGGCGAGGAGCGCCGGGGUUAUAGAGGCCGCUGCGGCGGGAGGGAGCCGGGCCGCCCCGGCCGGGCGGAGGGGUCUCUCCCUCUUUUUUUAAAGUUUUUUUUUCUGAGGCAGAAGGAAAAAGGUCAAAAUGGGGCGGAGAUCCACAUCAUCCACCAAGAGUGGGAAGUUUAUGAAUCCCACGGAUCAGGCCCGGAAGGAAGCUCGGAAAAGGGAACUAAAGAAGAACAAAAAGCAACGAAUGAUGGUACGGGCAGCUGUACUGAAGAUGAAAGAUCCAAAGCAGAUUAUCCGGGACAUGGAAAAACUGGAUGAGAUGGAGUUUAACCCAGUACAGCAGCCACAACUUAAUGAGAAAGUGCUAAAAGAUAAACGCAAAAAACUCCGUGAGACUUUUGAGCGUAUUUUGCGGCUCUACGAGAAGGAGAAUCCUGACAUCUAUAAAGAACUGCGCAAGUUGGAAGUGGAGUAUGAGCAGAAGAGAUCACAACUCAGCCAGUAUUUUGAUGCUGUCAAGAAUGCUCAGCAUGUGGAAGUGGAAAGUAUCCCCUUGCCAGAUAUGCCGCAUGCUCCCUCCAACAUCCUCAUACAGGACAUUCCCCUUCCAGGGGCCCAACCACCUUCUAUCCUCAAGAAGACAUCAGCCUAUGGACCACCAGUUCGGUCCAUUUCUGUACUUCCUCCUCCUGGGCUUGGUGUUCCACGUUUACCUCCAGGCAGGAAGCCCCCUGGACCUCCUCCAGGGCCACCCCCACCUCAGGUCCUACAGAUGUAUGGCCGUAAAGUGGGUUUCACCUUGGAGAUGGCUCCUCGAAGGCGAGAAGAGGAGAUUUCUUACAGUUCUGAAGCAGGACAGCGAGGGCAUGAUGAUGAUAUGUCCAGUACUAGUGAAGAUGAAGGUUAUCCUGAGGAUAUGGAUCAAGACAAGCAUGAUGAGAGUAGCGAUGAUAGUGACAGUGAUAGGUCAGAUGCAGACAGCGAAGGCGAGGACUUCCUGCAUCGUGAUAAUGACAAGGAGAGGGAAGGUGGUGAAGAAAAGAAAUCAGGUCAUAGCGUACGGUUUGCAGACAUGCCUGGGAAGUCACGGAAAAAGAAAAAGAACAUGAAAGAACUGACUCCACUCCAGGCCAUGAUGUUACGAAUGGCAGGUCAGGAGAUUCCAGAAGAAGGGAGAGAAGUGGAGGAAUAUUCAGAAGAGGAGGAGGAGGAGGAAGAGGACUCAGAGUCUGAAGAGACAUCACAACAACAGCAGCAGCAACAACUCAGUGAGGAAGCUCUUGCAGAGACGGGGUCAUCUACUGCAACUUCCCAGACACAACAGCAGCAACCGCCUCCGCAGCCUGUUCCUCCAACUCAGAUACAGGCACCUCCUAUGCCUGGGCCACCUCCGCUAGGACCACCUCCGGCCCCUCCGCUGAGGCCCCCAGGCCCACCCACCGGCCUUCCUCCUGGCCCUCCACCAGGAGCUCCUCCGUUCCUGAGACCUCCUGGCUUACCAGGACUGCGUGGGCCUUUACCUCGACUUCUACCACCGGGCCCUCCGCCUGGGCGACCACCUGGCCCCCCCCCAGGCCCCCCCCCAGGUCUGCCCCCAGGUCCUCCUCCUCGUGGGCCGCCUCCUCGCCUGCCCCCUCCUGCCCCACCAGGUAUCCCUCCUCCUCGCCCAGGCAUGUUACGGCCACCUCUGGUGCCUCCAUUAGGACCUGCCCCACCUGGGCUCUUCCCACCAGCUCCCAUUCCAAAUCCUGGGGUACUGAGUGCCCCACCCAGCUUGAUUCAGCGCCCCAAGGCGGAUGACACCAGUGCAGCCACCAUUGAGAAGAAAGCCACGGCCACGAUCAGUGCCAAGCCGCAGAUCACUAACCCCAAGGCAGAGAUCACUCGCUUUGUGCCCACUGCUUUGCGAGUGCGUCGGGAGAAUAAAGGGGCUUCAGCUGCCUCCCAGAGAAAACAGGAUGAUGAGCCUGCUCUCCCAUUAACCAAAGCUGCCCCUAAGGCUGGAUCAUCUGCCCCUAUCUCUGUACAGACAAAGGAUGAUGUGUAUGAAGCCUUCAUGAAGGAAAUGGAAGGUCUCCUGUGACCUGUCAUAGUCCUAGUCAGCUUUCCUGCCCCUCUGAACACAGAUCAGACCACCGCGGAGGGAGGAGAAGGAAAGGUCCUCCUGCAAGCAAUGAAAGGGCUCGCAUGACAGGGAAUAGUUCCUUACCCACAGGUUAACUUGCCAGUAUGCUCUGAAUAGAGACCACUGCAGAUGAGGUGUGGCUGGGGACCUCCUUUCAGAGCUAGUAUGUCCACUUGGUGGAAGGAAGUUGAAGAAGGUCAUGUUGCUUCCCCUCGGGUCCUCCCCCUUCCUUGGAGGGAGUUAAUGGUACUCUGGGGAGGGGAGCGUGGGAGCGGGGGGUGACUAUGCUCUGCCUGAAUCCCUGCACAUCCUGAAUGCUCUGGUGAGGGUAGCGGAACAGGUUUUUAAGGAGCCGGAAAAGUGUUAGCAGCAUUUCAUACGCAUAUGGUUGUCCAGUUUUUAUUUUCUGUACUGUUCUUUUCUGUAAAUAUUUUAUAAUCCUCUUUUUUAGUUGCAGUGAGAUUGAUCAAUCAUCUUUCUUCCAGGGCAGUCAGGGAGGUAAUUCGUUGCAUAUACUGUACACUGGAAUUUUGCACCCUAUCCCCUUUACGGUCAUCUUGAUGGCUUUUCAUCGGCCGGGGAAACUUCAUUUUGUCUUGUGAAAGACAAUAAAUGUUCAGUGUAUCAAAA